AUGAAAGAGGAGUCCACCAUGACCAAGGACUCGCAAACAACCCCACCUGGGACCCCACCCCAACUUACUCAGGCGACCAAGACCUCUCACCCAAGAACAACUCAAUCGGCCUCCAACAGUCCGUUCUCCAGCAUUGGGCGAGCAGCAAAGGCAGCAGUCAAACCCACUAGAACGUUAAAGAGUCGAUCUGUUGGUCAUGGACUCGCGGCGAUCUAUAUCGAACAGGGCAACAUCGCUUCACUCGGCAACCAAGGUCAAUCAAGCGCCCCUGAACAUGACGCCGAGGACAAGUCGAUUCCUUCUCCACGCAAUCGGAAGCGAGAUUUUAUUCCCAAUCUGAUUCGGUCACUCAUACCGGAACCCAAAGGCAAGCCGCAGAGAGAAAGCCCUAAGGCACACAUCCGCCGCCACUCGACCGACAGCACCCAUAACAGUGAUAUUCCAUUUCCCAGUGUCGGUACUAAUAAGACGAUCGGGAUCGAACGUGCAGUCGCCAGCACCGUCAUUAAGGACUGGGAUCCCAAUGUUCAGCCCCCAGCUUUGUCGACCAAACCUCGCACGGAUGUCUUUUCACACAACGUCAGCGCACCCGCCUUCCGAAUCUCACUUCCCAAGCUCUAUGCCCGUGUUAACUCUACUCCUCAACUCGCCUUGUGCAUUGGCUUGCUUCGUGCAGAGAGCGACACUGCCAGCACGCACGAGGCCAUUUGCUCGUAUGUCACGUCAACAGACACCGCCGCUCAGCGCGAUUGGGUCAACGCAAUCAGGCAAGAUCCGACCGAGCAGAACCAAAUGCGAUCGCUAGGGGCAAGCAUGGUGGAAGAGUUUUCCAAAGACGCUCUCAAGGACUCUGUCAAGGUUGCUGAAUUGGUUCUCCUUGGCCCUGUCCUGGACAGGGAGACCUUUCGAGAUCUAUUAGAGGCUACCAUCACAGCUUUCGUACAGUGUGUCCUUCUUGAUGUCGACCUGCUCCAAGGUCUUGUUCAGUUGGUUCAGUUUGCCCCUGCCGAGUCCCUGCUUCCUGACGACUUGGUAAAGAUCCUUCGCAUCCUCAGAUUUCGACUGCAAGACACUCACCAGCAGUCUUUGGAGCACGCUUUUUAUAUCACGCUAGCUGUCUCAAAGCUUCUGGAUGUUAUGGCGGAACACAAUGUUGAGGAUCUGGACCGAGUUAUGGAGCAUGAACCUCUGUCAGGAAUCUUGUUGGGAUUGAGGGGGAGCUCGGAUCCUUUCUUGAUGUACCAGGCAUGCUAUGCUUUUCAAGCGCUGCAGUAUGUCUACGAUGACGAAACGCCUCUGCAGGCCCUUUUUCGACACUCCACAGGGGUUGUAGGUAGAUUGGUCAAGGUCACGGAUGUUCUGAAGUUGGAUCUGGACGCCGUUCUCCUGGGACUCGACAAGUUACAGGCGACGAUUGUCAGCGCCGCUGACGGUCCGUGCUCGUUGAUGGAGAGUGGUCGAAAAGUUUUUGAGAGCCUGAGGCAAGGUUUUGAUUCAGAGCAGAAGAAGCCUUGGUAUGCUGCCAUCCUUGCUGCCAACGCGCUUGCUCGAGCUGGCCAGCUAAAGGAUCUCAACCAACUUAUCUGUGAGGCACCUUGUCGCCAAGAUCCCCUCUUUCAAUGGGGUAUCUGCCAGCUCUUGGGUGAGAUUGCGUCCGAUGCCAUAUGGGAGACCCCUGCUCGCCUGCAAGCUGUCGAACUUCUCGAGGAGCUGAACAGGAACGAUUCAGAGUGGGGUCAGGACAAGAGCGUUCAGGCGUGGAUGCUCAACAUCACCUACCAACUCGGAAAUGUCGACGAGCACGCCGUCAGUACCAGCGCACACAUGUUGCUCAAGGGCAUGCUACACAAACAAGGCACGGCCGCGAGACUGACCUACCCGCUGAGGAACCGCCUUCUACUCCCAUCGUCUUCGCCAGUACUCACCCAUGUCCUGGAUAUUCCCGAUGUUAAGUUCGAUCUGCACCGACUGAGGCAACAGCGACUCAACGAGUGCAAAGGAGGUAUCUACAUCUCACCUAUGGCCAAGCCCGGUCUGAAGGCCAAGGAUGACGAUGUCUUUCCUCUGCUGGAGAAGGUGCUAGAGUUCCUGAGCAGUAAGCGUCAGGUGAUGUUGGUGCUAGGCGACUCUGGUGCAGGAAAGUCGGCAUUCAACCGCCAUCUCGAACAUCGACUCUGGACCGACUAUAAGCAAGGCGAUUCCAUCCCUCUUUAUAUCAACCUACCCGACAUCGACCGACCGGACCAGGACAUGAUCGCCAAGCAGCUCAAGUUUCACAACUUUAGCGAUGAGCAGAUCCAGGAACUCAAACUCUACCACCAUUUCAUCAUCAUCUGCGACGGGUACGACGAGAGCCAGCAGUUGGUCAACUUGCACCGGAAGAACUCGUUGAACCGACCACGACAGUGGGACACCAAGAUGAUUGUCAGCUGCCGAACCCAGUUCCUCGGGCCCACAUACUUUGAUCGUUUCAACCCGCAGUCCGAUGAUCGGUACCCUUCCGGCUCGCAAGAUCUCUUUCAAGAGGCAGUUAUCGCACCCUUCUCCAAGGACCAAAUCAAGAACUACCUCGAAAAGUAUGUGGAAGAUCCCGCGUCGGCGCUUUUAUUCCAGAACAAGCCUGUCUGGUCGGUCCAGGAAUACACGGACAAGUUGACGAACAUCCCCAACCUCAUGGAUCUCGCCAAGAACCCAUUCCUUCUCACACUCACCCUCAAGGCUCUGCCUGGUCUGGCCGCGUCGCACAAGGAUUUGGCGAGCAUCCGCAUCACUCGUGCCGUACUGUACGACAUGUUUGUUGACCAGUGGCUGGAUAUCAGCAAGCAUCGUCUGGAGACCAACACUCUGACACCGGAGGAGCUGGAGGCAUUUGGAGCUUUGGUUAACAGCGGUUUCACUCGAUGCGGGAUCGAUUACCUGCGACGACUGGCCGAUGCGGUCUUUGAGGAGCAAGACGGAAACCCGGUGAUCCAGUAUGUGCAUUUGCGCGAUAAGUACACAUGGAAAGCGGAUUUCUUUGGUACUGAUCCCCAGAUCAAACUGCUCCGCGAGUCCUGCCCAUUGACGCGCGCCGGCAACCAGCACCGCUUUUUCCAUCGAUCUAUUCUGGAGUAUUGUUUCUCUUGCGUCAUCUACACCCCAGCUUGGAUUGGCACCAGCUUUGAUCCACAGGAGGAUAUGGAGACUUUUGCCUUCCGAGUGCUUGGUGCUGAUAGUCCUUUGUUUGAGAGGAACUUGCUCAAUGAGCCGUCCAUCAUCCAGUUCCUGUGUGACCGAGUCAAGGUGCACCCGGAUUUUGAGCAGCAGCUGCGGGAUGUCAUCGAGCAGUCCAAGACCGAUUCCAGUGCAGCCGUCGCGGCAACUAACGCCAUCACAAUCUUGGUCAAGGCCGGCGUGACCUUCCACGGUGCUGACCUCCGAGGUGUCAAGAUCCAUGGAGCUGAUCUCUCUGAUGGCCAGUUCGAUUCGGUCCAGUUCCAAGGAGCCGACCUGAGUGGGGUAAACUUUUCGAGGAGCUGGUUGCGGCAGGUGGAUCUGAGCGAUGCGCAAUUGGAGAGUGCCCAGUUUGGAGAGCUGCCGUAUUUUUCGGAGGGAAGCUUUGUCGAAGCUUGUGCCUACUCGCCUGACGGGAAGUUGUUUGGAGCUGCUCUCUGGGAUGGAAGCAUUGCAAUAUACGACACGACGACUUGGACAAGAGUCCAUUACAUUCAGGGGGAUGGAAAGGUCCGCGACAUUCAGUUCUCACCCGACAACAAACGCUGGGUGUCCUCAAAUGGAUACACAGUGGGAGUGUGGGAUUGCGCCAGUGGAAAGGGGGUGUUGGUGAUGAUUGCGCACAUGCACAACUUGAACUCGAUGAUGUUUUCACCCUGCGGCAUGCGCAUCGUCUCGGCCAGUCAGGACAAGACAGUGCGAUUGUGGGAUGCUCAAACGGGCGAGUGUCUUUUUGUCUUGGUGGGACAUACUUGGAGCGUCACUUGUGUCAAGUUUUCGCCGGACGGACGAGAGUUGGUGUCGGUCAGCUUGGACGAAACGAUUAGGUUCUGGGACCCGGAGACAGGCAAGGCAGGCGUUGUUUUGAGUCCUUCGUUCGAUGAGGUCCACAGCGUCGCAUAUUCUUCAGAUGGUCGAUGGGUCGCUUCUGGCCAUAAGGCUGGUGCUUUGCAGCUUUGGAGUACUGCCACCAAGGAGCUGGGUCCUCUCUUGCGUGGUCACACCGGUGCCGUUACCAGCAUUGCAUUUUCUCCAGACGGCCAGUGGAUCGCUUCUUCCAGCGAGGACCAAACGGUACGCCUGUGGGACGCAUCGACUGGCAUUCUCAUGUCUAUCCUGACUGCCCACAAGAAAGACGUGUUCGAUGUUGUCUUUUCACCAGAUGGCUCUCAGCUCGCUUCAGGAGGUGUUGAUAAGAAGGUGCGGUUGUGGGACGUAAGGUCUUGUCUGUCGAGUGUUGAGGUCCAAGGUCAGAUCAGCCAUGUCUUAAAGAUGGGCUACUCUCUCGAUGGUCAAGCCCUUCUCUCUCACGGCGGUCGCAUCGUCCGGCAGUGGGAUCCUAUGACUGGCGUUGGUGGGUCAGUAUCGGUAGAGUUCCCAGAUGUUUUGUCGAUCGGGACCAAAGAGUUCCCACCGGACGGCAACCAGUUCACGAAUGGAUCCCGUGACAGAGACGUUCGCAAGUACAAUCGCGGCAUCGGUGGAGAUAUCACGGUGGGAUGGGCGAAAAGAGUGGAUGUCAUAGCCUAUUCGCCUUGCUGUCAGUGGCUGGCGUUUUCGGAUUGGGAGAACAUUGUGCGGUUGUGGGAUAUCCAGGACCCUGAGCAGUUCCAUGUUCUUCUUGAUGUUAAACGAGCCGUCAACAACACCAUUGGCAGUGUCGCCUUUUCACGGACUGGACUCUUGCUUGCGAUCGGUUCUUGGAACGGCACUGUCUGGGUCUUUGAUACCCAGUCCAGGGAGCUUUUGAAGUCCAGGAGGCUGAUCCGAGGACGCGUGUUGGUGGCAACAUUUUCGCCGAACGGCCAGCAACUCGCCCUAGGCUCCGACUCUUCAAUCUACCUUUGGGAUCUCCAGUCAAAGACGCCCAGGAUCAAACUGCAAGGACAUAGCGCGAUCACCAUCAGCCUCUCUUAUUCGCCUUGCGGUCAAUGGCUCGUUUCCGGUAGUGAGGACAAGAUGGCGCGACUCUGGCAUCAGCAGCAGCCUUUUGGCGAGAAAGAGCACUGGUCUUGUGUCUCUGUCCUUGGCGGAUUCUUUGGAGCCGUCCAUGAUGUUGUUUGGAACCCUGUGAUCGCAAUGGAGUUUGUCACGGCGUGUAAGGAUGGCUCUAUCCGCGCCUGGAGAGUGUCGAGCGAUGUUGAAGGAGAUGGAGGUGUUGUGGUCAAGUUGCUGUGGGGGUCUAAUCUUCGAAUGCUCUGCGCUUCAGACCUGGUCUUCAAGGAUGCAGUUGGUCUGUGCCCGAUUCAGCAAAAGUUGUUGGUCCAGCGCGGUGCCGUCAGCAGUGACCCUACUCAUACUCCGUUCUUUGAGGGAGAUGAGGCAGACGAGUCGCUGUCAUCUGCCGACGACGAUGCUUCAGACGAGUCUAUAUCUACGUCUGAAAGGCGCGAACAACAAAAACGAGCGCCUGUUGUUCAAAGGAUUAGGACACCCAGGAUUAUGAUUACCAAGGAUAGUGAGUCAGAGAGGUCGUCUUCAUCUGACGAGGUUGACUCGGAGAAGGAAGGAGAGGAUGAGGUGUCAUCGUCUUCGUCGGAGGGCGAGGAGGAUGAAGAGGAGAAGCAGUGUCGACAGAUGUAG